AUGAACGUUGCACCCUGUUUAGGGGUAUGUUUUUUUAGUGGAUGCUUGAGAAAGCUGGAUCUCAGUCUGUGCAGUUUGGAAGAUGGAGACAUCAUAUGUGCUGAUAUUUGGGACUUACCCAACUUGCAAGUACUCGAUCUUGAAGAAAAUAACUUUUCACAAUUGAAUUUUGGUCUCUUCCGACUUCCUCGGCUCAAACUUUUCACAAUUGAAUUAAGUUGCUUAGAAAACAAAUUUGUCGUUGUACACAACUCAGCAGACGUCCAUGAUCGAUUCAUGUCUACUCAUCUUUCAUGGAAUCCAAUACGUAGGUAUGUUGAAACGCGCAUAUAAAUAACCCUCACAUUUCAUAGACACCUUUCAAUCCAAGAGAUAAGGUCGUUGUUGUUGAAGCUGCUCCCAGGCAAUCCAUACAACAUAAAGGUACUUUACAUAUAUCCAACAUUAAUUAAUGUUACUUUUAGACAUGUACAUUGACUAUGUUUAAGUUUGAACGACCAAAACUUAUCCCUAAAUUGCUUGCUACAUGAAGCUUGAUUACUUGAAAUGAAUGACAACAACUAAUGAAGCUGUAUAUAUGUGUUGUCAAUUAAGCCUUUAGUCUUGGCUAUGUACCUGUUUUUGUAGAGAAAUGGACAUAUACAUGUG